UUUGCUCCUUAGAAUUCCCCCCUCCUUCCUCUCCGAGCUGUUUGAGGUAAACCGACGCGGUCGCAUCAGUAUCGAUAAUACACGACAGAGUGAAAAUAAGCGCACAUAUGCGUGUUUGACACAGAUAUGUUAGAUAUGAGCCGACGGCAGAGAGCUGGGAGCUGACUAACAACCGGGAAGCUCGGCGAGUGAAGAACAACACCGGGGGAGAACUUGCCGUUUCCAUGGCUGUGAAAAGUUAACGUACAGACGACUGAAAACGGGAAUAAUUCCUCUUCGGCCGAAACGAGAGGGAUCCUUGGUGUUAUUUGAAGGAGGAAAUUCUUCAUAUUCGAAGCUCAAAAUUGCCAACGGGAAGCAAAGAACGCAUGAUAAGGGUUGUUUGUGUUCUUCAGACAAACCCAUUUCUCUCCUGAAGGUUUUCUGUGUGCCCAACUGGGUGCAACAGUGGAUCCCUUCUCAUAUUUGGUGCUUUAGGGAAAUAUAAAGCAAAAAAAACCCCAAAACAAAAAAACAACAUUUAGAAACUAACUUCUUAUCUCCGUGGUGAUGGGGAGUUCAGCCUCGUCUCUCACUGCAGAGACCGAGUCGGACCAUGGCUUUCGAAGUACCCCCUACCCUUCGUCACCCCCUGUGGGCUGGCUCAGGAACAGCCACAGCAGCCCCGUGUGGGGUACCACCUUCGUCACACGGCAGCAGCAGCAGCCGCUGCCUCAUCGAGAGCGCAGCCACUCUCACUCUCCAGGCUCCAUGGCAGCAGCGGUGCAAGGCAGUGAGUGGUCAUGUGGGCGCUGUACUUUCUUAAAUGCCGGUGCAGCACCUCGCUGUUCUAUCUGUGAGGCGCCACGCCAGAAACCCGACCUCAACCAGAUCCUGCGCCUCAGCAGCACUGAGGAACACCGCUGGACCUGUCCCCGCUGUACCCUCAAUAACCCGCAGGGAUCUGGAGCCUGCUCGGUCUGUGGCUUUGGUCCAUCGCCCGCCACUCACACACCUCCUACGACCACCAUAGCUGCCACUGCCAAUGGUCUCCCUUCUGCUCCCGCUGAGCCCCCAACACCCACGAUCACUCCCACAGUGCUACUUGAGCCCCAUGGACAGCAUCCAGCUAAGGAGGAAGUGUUUCGACGGUCUGAGAGCAAUGGUGAGGUGGGUGGGCAGGAGGGUCAGCAGGCGGGCUGGGCUUGUCCUCGGUGCACACUUCACAACACCCCUGUGGCGCUUUCAUGCUCAGCCUGUGGUGGGCCUAGAAAACUGUCUCUGCCUAAAAUCCCCCCAGAAGCACUGGUAGUGCCUGAGGUGCGCACACCAGUAGUGGGCUUUCCUGUUCACACAGCCGCUUCGGCCCCGCUACUGAUUGACCUAACAGAUGACUCCCCCCCAGCCCCGCCCUGUGAUCCUCAAGAAGCUCCCCAUGCAUCUUCACAGGCCCUUGCCUCCACCUUUACUUCAUUCUCCUCCCUCCAGAACAAUCCUGUGCCUCGCAGUAGGCGAGAGGUACCGCCUCCGGGACGCCCACCGAACCCAGGAACCAACACUCCCAGCCCCACUUCCCCUUCAGCUGCCAGUGUGCCACCCCAACCUGGCCCACAGAGGCCAGCUAAGCCCAAGCACGCCCAGCCCCAGGAACCUUCUUACCCCAGCAAGCGCCUCAGUAUCUUGGAGGAAGAAGAGUCUCAGCACCACCCACUGACACCCCACCUCCCUGUUGCUUCCACAUCAGCCUCUACCUGGAAGUGCCCUAGCUGCUCUGUGGCCAACCAAGGCAGCUCAGCGAAGUGCGAGACCUGCAGAUCGUCAAGGGGUGGUGCUGACCUCAUCGACCUGGUAGGCUGUGAAACGGUACGAUUUACCCCAGCAAGCCCCUCGAGCCCAGACUUUAGCACAUGGGCCUGCUCUAAGUGCACCCUGCGCAACCCUACAGGUGCUCCCAAGUGCUCAGCUUGUGGUUCUUCAAAGCUGCAUGGCUUCCAGGAGCAGCAGGUGCCUCUACCCCGCUGCUGUAUACAUUGUGGCCUCCCAGUGGGGCCUGGUACUGCAUCUUGCUCCUGCACACCUUCCUCUUCUUCAUCAUCCUCAGGUCAUAAAAUACGCAAACAGGCCCGGGGCUUUCCUUCAUCCUCUUCUGCCGUUGCCUCCUCUGGUUCCUCUUCGUCCUCCACCUCAUCUAGCCUUCAGGAGAAGGUAGGACAGUGGAGCUGCCCAGCAUGCACGCUGCUCAAUGAUAUCAAAGCCAAGAACUGUGCAGCAUGCCACACACCCCAGCAGUACCUCACCCUACGCAAGGUGGUUAAACCUCUGAAGAGAAGGGAGAGCAUGCAUGUAGAGGCACGACGACGGAAUGAUGAGGGCGAGGCAAAGGAGCUUUGGGAGAACAUAGUCAGCUUCUGCAGGGAGAAUUCAGUGAACUUUGUGGAUGACAGUUUUCCCCCUGGACCUCGAUCUGUCGGCUUCCCAGAGGGCGACAGCGUCCAGCAGCGAAUCAAAAAGUGGCUGCGUCCCCACGAGAUCAACUGCAGCAAUUUCAAAGACCGAGGAGUCAAGUGGUCCGUGUUCCGCACGCCAAGGCCCUCGGACAUCCUGCAAGGACUUCUUGGAAACUGCUGGUUCCUGAGUGCACUCGCUGUGCUGGCAGAGCGUCCAGAGCUCGUGGAGAGGGUGAUGAUCACCAGGACCAUUUGUCCAGAGGGGGCGUACCAGGUUCGGCUAUGUAAAGACGGGACCUGGACGACGGUGCUGGUGGACGACAUGUUGCCCUGCGACGACUUCGGCUACCUUCUGUUUUCCCAGGCUCAGAGGAAGCAGUUAUGGGUGGCGCUGAUUGAGAAGGCCCUGGCCAAACUCCAUGGUUCCUACUUUGCCCUGCAGGCAGGGCGUGCUAUUGAGGGUCUGGCCACGCUGACUGGGGCUCCGUGUGACUCCCUCAUGCUCCAGGUCAGCUCCACGAACCCGCGAGAGGAACCCAUCGAUACAGACCUCAUCUGGGCCAAGAUGCUUAGCUCCAAAGAGGCUGGGUUUCUUAUGGGAGCAUCUUGCGGAGGAGGCAACAUGAAGGUGGACGAUGCUGUUUACGAGUCGUUGGGUCUGAGGCCUCGACAUGCAUAUUCCAUCUUGGACGUACGAGAUGUCCAGGGUUACAGGUUGCUGCGGCUGCGUAACCCUUGGGGUCGCUUCUCGUGGAACGGCAGCUGGUCGGACGAGUGGGCAGACUGGCCACAGCAUCUCCGCCAUGAGCUGAUGGCGCAUGGCAGUAGUGAGGGGGUCUUCUGGAUGGAGUACACUGACUUUAUAAAGUACUUUGACUCAGUGGACAUUUGUAAGAUCCACUCUGACUGGCAGGAGGUGAGACUACAAGGCUGCUUCCCCAGCAAAGCCAAUGGGCCGGUCACGGUCACAGCUCUCACUGUGCUGGAGAGGACAGCACUGGAGUUUGCUCUUUUCCAGGAGGGAAGCAGGCGCUCCGACACAGCCGACAGCCACCUGCUGGACCUGUGCAUCAUGGUCUUCCGCGCCUCCUUUGGUAGCGGCAACAAGCUGACUCUGGGCCGCCUAAUGGCCCACAGCAAGCGAGCGGUGAAGAAAUUUGUUGGCUGUGAUGUUAUGCUGGAGCCAGGGGAGUAUGCUGUUGUCUGCUGCGCCUUCAAUCACUGGCAGAUGAAUGUCAGCAGCACAGGGGGUCCACCCACACCCAUCUCUAGCCCCACCAGUGGAGCAGUACGGCGGCCCAGCCAGGACUUCCCCGGCUACAUCCUGGCCAUUUACAGCUCUCGUCAGGUGAUGGUGGAGCAGGUGGAAGCGACCGCGACCACAUUGGCCGACGCGAUUAUUCUACUCACAGAAAACAAAGGCGAAAGACACGAGGGCCGUGAGGGCAUGACAUGCUACUACCUGACCCACGGCUGGGCAGGUCUCAUCGUGGUGGUGGAAAACCGCCACCCCAAGUACUACCUCCACGUCUCCUGUGACUGCACUGACAGCUUCAAUGUGGUGUCCACACGCGGCAGCCUCAAGACCAUCGACAGCGUCCCGCCUUUACACAGGCAGGUGCUGGUGGUGCUUUCUCAGCUGGAGGGAAAUGCCGGCUUCUCCAUCACCCACCGCCUGGCUCACCGCAAGGCAGCCCAGGCCUCCCUGGGAGACUGGACCCCCACCAAGGCCACACACAGCCCCCAGCUCACCCCGGACAUUGACGGCCUGCACCGGCCCCGGCCUCUAUGACCACCGCCCACUUUAUCCAAGACUCACUUGCUCUAGUCCAAUAAAACUGUCAGACCACUGGAAAAAUCAGACAAGGUUAGGCACAGUGUGUGGAGCCCUAAAAUGCAGAGAAAGAUGCGGUUUUUUGCGUCUCUUUGGUCGUACAUCUGAAUGUGAAGCACGACGGGAGAGGGAAACGUUUAGUUGCUCUCUUCCUAAUGCUCCAUGGAUGCUCGAGAUUUUGUCCGGACCGCACAUGCUCUGUCUGUCCCUUGCCAACUGGAUGUGCCAUUUGAGGAUAAAAUGAGCGACAGGGGAGUACUAAAAAAAACAAACAAACAAACAAAAAACCCCCACAAUACUUCACCCCGGCACCUGAGAGGAUCCAGUUCUGACUACUUAACAUUCUGGACAUUUUGUAUAGCUGGCAGCACCUGCUGUAUGUGAAACAGAUGUCAGCCCUCAGUUUGGUAUGCUUGGAGAUGACCCUGCUUUCAAUGAGCUUCAAAAAAAAAAAAAGCCGGGGUGAGGUGCUGAAACUACUGAGCCAUUGACCGGCCCAUGGACCAUGAGCCAACCACCAGAUCAGACACUUCCCCCUCCCUCCAUGUCGUCCACCAAGACUGCUAACAAAGUGGGCAGACUUCUGGGGGGGGUUUAUCGCCCCCAUCCUCAGUGCGGUACUUUAUGAGCCAAACCCCAGUGAUUUUACCCACAAAACAUACAUGUCCUGUAUUUUUACAUUUUUGGGAAACAUCUCAGUGUGAGUUUAACUUGUUUAUACACAACCCUCAUUGCCUCUUGUUCAUAUUUGUGUUUUGGGUUUUUUUGAGGUUGUAGACAAAGCCAUCAUUCAUACAGUACUGUUCCCUCUCCGUGGCACAAUCUCUAGCUCAGGACCAAACCUGUGAUUUGUACAGUAAGCUGGAUUGGCAGGUGGAUGGUGCCCAAGAAGCUGCAAUAGUAUCUUUUCACUGUUGUCUCCGCUGUUUGUGAUGUUAGUGGGGUCGUGUUUGUAGAGACUGGAAGGUUUUUAUCUUGUGAAAUACGGAGCAGUAAUGGAAUCAUCCGGCCUCAGUUUAGGGUCUCAUCGCUGGAGGGCUUCUCGUCCACUUCACAAGGCAGUUUAUAUCUUUCUGUGCAAAUUAAAAUUUAUGUGUACGGCACCUCCCCCCAGUCGUCGCCCUCCUGCAUAUUACAUGAGUCUUACACUCGAGGUUUGUAACACCCAACAAAUUGCAUCUGAUCUUGUUUGGUACAGAAGGUGAGUUUAGUGUCUGUUUCCCACACUUGCACAGUUUGCCAGCAUGUCAGUUUAUACUAUAACGUGCUUAGGGAGUACUACAGUCGCUAUUGGCUGUUUGAACAGCCAGUUUGCCAUGGGGGAGCUCUUAAGAGGAGCUGCCGAGUUUACUUUGGGAGGGCAGGGACCACUUUUGUUUGCUUGGGUGCAGCGCGAGCGUCUGGGCAAUCCUCCCACAAGAAUACACUGACAGCUUGUUAGCAACAACACAGAGUCCUCGUGAAAUAACAAAUUAUCAUUUUGUCAGACUCGGUGCACACACAGCGAGACAGGAAAGAGACCCCCGAGAUGGGCUGUGACACAGAAAACAGUUCUCUCUGAGUGUGCUCGUUCAAGGGAUAGCUGUUUUACAUAGGUCCUUAUAUAUAAGGUCAUGUUUUUUUUGUUUUUUUUCCCCAGUGUCAAAGCCAUUACUCCUCAUUCAUCAUGCUCUCACCAUGGCAACAUAGAUGUCUCAUCAGACAGAGAGGGGAACAAUUAACAUGGUACUAUAGAGACAGGAUUGAGUGGGAGACUUUUUAUUUUAAAAACGAUGUCUUACUGUUAAUUUUGUGGUGAAAUGGAGAAAAACUUGAAACCUAAUAAGCAAAAAUCCAGCAGCAUUCAUACAAUUAAUGAUUAAGUGGGGAAAAACUGAUUUUAUUGUUUUCUUGGUUGUUGUUUUUUGUAUCUAAAUCAUUUUAAAUGUAAAAAAAUUACAAGUUUAUCAUGGGUGAUUUUCACUUCAUAUCAUCUCAUUUUUCUCCUUUUAGUUUUAAAAUCAUUGAUGCUAAACGGCUGCACUGUGUCCCGAUGCUUGCAGUGCAACGUUUGUUUUUAACGAAACCCAGAGCUCAAGUAACUGUAAAUAUGCUUUCCAAAGAAACAUCAAUGUGUAAUGACCACUUUCAGAUGUGCGUCCCCGUCUGGCCCUGUGUGCAUGUGUGAGUAUGUGCGGUCGCAGCCACGUAGCUGCGUCAGUCCCUGUGUCUUAAUUUAUUCAUACAAGUGAUUUGCAGCCGUUUUUCUGAAGCUGAUGAAUGACAGAUAAAGGAAUGUAAUGAGGCUUUUACAGCUUCACUCUGAGCCCAGAUGGAUUGACGUGAACCUGCACUGAAACGACUGCGAAGGCACCUCAAAAUCAAGCGUCACUGCUGGAUCACUUUUACGUUUUACAUGAGUUUUAAGUUUAGUUUGCUGGUCUUCUGUUAGGUCGUGUCCGUAGCUCUUCUGUGCUUUAGGAGCGCCCCCUGCUGCUGAAUAGAAAACAACCAGAGAAGAGGUGGUCACUGACAGACCCAACCGACCCAACACGCCCCUGUUUUUUUUCUUUCCUCUUUCUUUUUUGUCUCUCAUUGUAAAUUGUACAAUUUAGACAGAAAACUGAAAACUUAAGUCAGACUAAAGAUUUAAAAGCAUAAAAAUGACCCUUUGAAAAAAAGAAAUUAAAAUAUGAUAGUAGAUACAAAAAAGUAACCUAAUGCUGAAAAUAAUGAACUCUGAAGAAUGUGAUAUAUAUAUAUAUAUAAAUAUAUAUAUAUAGACAUAUAAAUAUAUUUUAUUGAUCCUCUUUUUUUGGGAGCGGGGGACGUGGUAUAUGUGUACAAAAAUAUGUAUGUUUAAUUUUCAAUCUCAGGUUCCAAUGGACCAAAUAAAUUUUUUUUAAAAAUGAAAA